AUGACUACCAAAUCCUUAGUGAUAGAUUUAAAAGCUACGGUUUGUGCCGAGAAUGUGACCAACCAAAUACUGGAAGAUGAUGAUGUCAAAAUUGCAACACAAAGCGAAAAAUACAAAGAUAGAUCAAGCAAAGAAGAUUAUUCUUCUGAUGAAUUCGAUGAAGAUGAAGAAGAAAUUAAUAAAGAGGAAAAUACAGAAUUUACCAAACAACUGCAAGAAGCCGAAGAAUAUAAUAAAAACUUAUCCGAUAGUAUUAAAUAUCCUGACCUAACAAAGAAAAAGCAUUCAGGAGCAGUUUAUCAUAGUAGACUUUUACCAACCAGGGAAAUUACUAGAAUAUUAGGUAAUUCUAAAGAGGUAGAAUUAGAAAUUUCUGCUGAAAUUGACCAACUUAAUAUUUUUGAGAAGAAAGUUUCAGUCGAGCAAAAGCAGGUUGAGUCAGAAAUUCAACCUCAUUUGCUGGGGCAAGAUUAUUCGUUUACUAAGAUUAAAAAUAGUGAAUUAAUCGAUUUAAAAAAAGAACUAGAUUCAGUGAAGCAAGAAUUAACUUCCCUUAAGCAGCGAGUAGCAGAACUAGAAAAUCAGCAACAAUCAGAACAACAACCCCUCCAAAUCCAACCAGCUUAUGGCACCCCAGGUUCCAGCAACAGUAAUAAAUAA